CGACAUGUUUGCCGGUCCACCUAAAGAUUUUAUUGUUCCAACCAACCUUACCCACCUGCCAAACCACUUCACCUCGUAUUUAUAACCCCCUGAUCUACAAAACCCACCUUCAAGAUCCAAUCUUUCCACCAUUUUCACAACUCAAACCCCCCAAAAUGGUCCUCACUUUCUUGCAAACCCUAAAAACCCAACCUUUAUACCUCAACUUCAUCCUUGCUUUAGGAAUCCUCUCAUUUCUACGAACUUUAACUUCAAUCUUGAAAUGGGUUUACGUCAAUUUCUUCAGACCUGCAAAGAAUCUGAAAAAGUACGGAUCUUGGGCACUUGUUACCGGUUCAACAGACGGUAUUGGUAAAGCUUUUGCUUUCGAAUUAGCCAAACAGGGUCUUAAUAUAAUCUUGGUGGGUCGAAACCCUAGUAAAUUAGAAACUGUUUCAACUGAGAUUAAGUCGAAAUUUGGGAAAACCCAGAUCAAAGAAGUGGUUUUUGAUCUUUCUGGUGAUUUGAAUGAAGGGAUCAAGAGGAUUAGUGAGGCAAUUGAUGGGUUAGAUGUUGGGAUUUUGAUAAAUAAUGCAGGGGUUUCGUAUCCUUAUGCUAGGUUUUUUCAUGAAGUGGAUGAUGAGUUGUUGACUAAUUUGAUUAAAGUCAACGUUGAGGGGACUACUAGAGUGACACAAGCUGUGUUGCCUGCUAUGGUGAAGAGGAAGAAAGGUGCUAUUGUUAAUAUUGGAUCUGGUGCUGCUAUUGUUAUUCCUUCUGAUCCUCUUUAUGCUGUCUAUGCUGCUACUAAAGCGUAUGUUGAUCAGUUUUCAAGGUGUCUUUAUGUUGAGUACAAGAAUAGUGGCAUUGAUGUGCAGUGUCAGGUCCCAUUAUACGUUGCAACGAAAAUGGCAUCAAUCAAGAGGUCAUCCUUUUUUGUACCAUCAGCAACAGGAUACGCAAAAGCAGGGUUGAGGUCGUUAGGGCACGAGCCGCGGUGCACACCUUACUGGCCCCAUUCACUCAUCUGGGGUUUACUUUACUCGUUACCGGAAUCUGUAAUUGACGCGUGGCGUUACAAUUUCUGUCUUAAAAUCAGAAAGAAGGGACAACUCAAGGAUUCUAGGAAGAAAGAGUGAGAUGAUGAUAUUUGUGCUCAGUUGGUUUUUUUUUUUUUUUCUGGAAUUUUAGCAACAAAUGCAGUUUAUGUGCAACUUUAGCUUGUAGAAUGAUGAUGAAGCUGUGAGUUAUGUUACUUUAUAUUUAAAUUAUUAUGUCUUUUCAAGUUAUUUGUGUGGAUUUACCUUUUUGGUUA